CAGUUCCACCGCAGAAUCUUCAAUAACUCCAGUAACGUUAGUAUCUCUAGUAACUCCAGUGUCUCCAGGAUGGUGAAAGAACUGAUAAGUAUUGAGAUGGAACGGGAUACCCUGAACCAGAAAUGGGGGUUCACUAUCCAGGGUGGAGCUGAUCUAGCUCUCACUGCUAAGGUUGCCAGUGUUAAGAGGUUCUCUCCAGCAGAUAGAUUUGGACUGGAGAAAAUGGAUUAUGUUGUAACAAUCAACGGAAAGGAGGUGUUUGCAAUGUCCCAACCUGAGAUUACAAAGGAAAUCCAGAACAGCGGUAAAACUCUCAAAAUAGAAAUUGAAAGAGGAACCUUCAUAGUUCCCAGCUUUGAUGAGAUUUGGCCCCAGCACAGUAAAGCAGGAAUUGCAGACAAAAAGAAGAAUAAGAAAAUGGGAAUGGAAUACAUAAUGGAGGCUAUGCAACAUCAUGGUCUGGGACACCUUCCCCAACCUGACAACUUUACUACCGUUGGUAAACUGGGUAUAGAGGUCAAACAGUACAACAAUCCUAUAGAUUGUUACUCAGAUUCCACUAUUGAAGAUAUGAGAGAGGAAAAAGUUAUUUUGGAUUUCCCUGAAGCAGCAGAGAAAAUUAUUGCGGCAAAUGCGCAGAAACACCGAAGUGGACCUCCCGACUCUGCUGGAUCAGCGGGAAAUGCCACGAAAAAAUUUGAUCCUCAACGAAGCGCAGUUCUGCUAACUCUGAAGGAGCAGGAUUCAAGAAGAGGGAUUUAAUUUUACUGAAAGGAAGAGAAAACAAAAGAAGAUCAAGAAGAAGAAGAAGAAAAA